AUGUUCAUCCUUACUACCAUCUCGGACUUGAUCCAGAUCUCGCCCGAGGACUUCUCAAAAUUUAGUGCUGUGGCUAUAGAAGAUAAUAUCAACGCCAAGUACGCCAACAAGGUAAUUCAAAAGAUCGGUCUCUGUAUUAGCUUCUAUGACCUUCUGGAGUCAUCGGAUGGCCUGAUUGGCCAUGGAACUGGUUUGGUCAAUGUCAACGGUAUGUCUGCUUGCCAUUUCGCUCCAGUCAUCAUGCUUAUUGAUCUCGCGGUAGUGAAAUUCCGGAUGAUCGUUUUCCGACCCUUCAAGGGAGAGAUCAUGCUAGGAAAAAUAUCCAGUGGCACAGAAUAUGGCAUCAAAAUUGGGCUGGAAUUCUUCAACGAUGUCUUGAUCCCAAAGGAGAUGCUGAUGGAAAAUUCUACAUUUGACCCCGCGGAGCAAGUAUGGAUCUGGAAGAACGACGAAGGAUCAGAAUUCUUCUUUGAUGUUGGAGAAGUUGUUCGGUUCCGAAUUGAAGCAGAGGAGUGGCAUGACCAGAUUCCCAAUGCGCCUGAGCUUGGUGAUCAGACUCCCCAAGACAGGAGGCCGCCUUACUCCAUCCUGGGCUCAAUGCAAAUGGGUGGAAUGGGACCUGUCACGUGGUGGUAG